UUUAUUACAUUGCAGAAGAUCGUGCAUUUUGAUCUGAAGGGUGCUCCACCUAAACUUGAGUAUUACGCUGAAUUAUUUCCGAUGCUGAAACGAUUAAAUGUCGAUGGCGUAUUGAUGGAAUAUGAAGAUAUGUUUCCGUAUUCGGGUGAUAUCGCCAUCUUAAAACGAUCAAUCGCCUAUACGAGAGACCAAAUUGCGUCAAUACUCAGUAUGGCUAAACAAAAUGAUCUCGAAGUAAUUCCAUUGGUUCAAACGUUUGGGCAUAUGGAAUUCGCAUUAAAAUACAAUCGAUUCGCAUAUUUACGAGAAGAUCAAGAACAAAUCGAUACUAUUUGUCCGUCGGAAAGUGGAUCGUGGAUCUUGAUCACCGAAAUGCUCCGCCAAGUUCGUGCUCUCCAUCCAGAAUCAAAACGAAUUCAUAUCGGAUCUGAUGAAGCGUGGCAAAUUGCAAAAGAUCAGCGAUGCCUUGAUCGAUUACGGUCUGAACUUGGAUCUUCAACUGAACGACUAAAACUUUCGCAUAUCUCCAGAACGGCGAAUUUUGCAAAGCAUGAGUUGGGUUUUGAUGAGGUGUUGGCGUGGAACGAUAUGUUCGGUGAAACAAAUGAGCAGUUGUUGUUGCAGUAUAAAUUGGGUGAAUUGUUAACGCCUGUUGUUUGGGGUUAUUCCGUGAAUGUGACACAACCGAAUUACUUUCCUGGUGGAAUGUUCGAAAGAUACUCAAAGGUUUUCGAUCGACUGAUGUUUGCUAGUGCGUUCAAAGGUGCAAAUGGAAAAGAUCAGAAAUUUGCAAAUGCAGAUCGUUAUUUAGCGAAUCAGCUGUCUUAUGUGGAUUUGUAUCGGAUCAAUGAAACGCAUUUGAUUGGGCGUCUGAAAGGAAUCAUCUUAACUGGAUGGCAAAGAUACUCGCAUACGCUACCACUCUGUGAAAUAUUACCGGUUGGAAUCCCAUCGUUAGUUAUGGAUAUUGUUUAUCUGAACAAUACAACAGUAGCAGUUGAUGAAUUGCGUCGAUUAACACGAGAAUUUUUGGACUGCAGAUCUCCAGAACCCGAAUUCGCGCCAAUCAUGUUAGGCACGGAAUCGUACUAUCCGCCAUCUGAUAUAGCAUACACGAAUUGUACAUUCCCUGGCCAUCAGAUCUAUGAUAUUGUAAUCAUUUCAUAUUAUCUAACGAACAUUUACGUUCACUAA